UAAAAGCCCGCAACAGUCCAAUUACCACCAGAAGCCGCCAAGCCAUAACCUCCCAACGGCGAUGAAAGGUAAAUCCACCUGACGGCGAUGGAUACAAAGCAAGCCCACCUUCCCAAACGUCCCUUUCAUCCCCAACUCGCUCACAUUCUCCUCAACAACAACAUCAAAAAUAUUAUUCCAUUCCCUCGUCUUCUUCAAGCUUCUCUUCUCCCUCCUCCUCUUCAUAACCCCUAGAUGUCUCUCACCUCCACUCUCUCCACCCCUUUCAGCAAUGCACCACCGCGCCGGUUUCAACCUCUCUCGCCUGAUCCAAUCCCCGCCGUCCGAUCCCGACUCCCUCCUCUUCCUCCCUGGCGGGUUGUUCCUCCACCCUGAUGAGACUUUUUCUCCUAACUUUCUUGCGGUGGUUCCAUCGAAGACACGUUCGGGGAGGUGUUUCAGUAAAACGGUGCGUUUUGGGGGCCGGCGUGGAGGGCUGUUCUUGUCGGUGAGCUUGUCGGAUGGGAACGAGGGGUAUGUUAGGGAAUCGGGAGAUGAUCUGGGGCAGAAUGGGAAUAAAGGUUCGGCGGAGGAAGAGACGGUUGUGUUUGAGAAGGAGAAGGGAUCAGGUGCUAUGAAUACCACCAAGCAUCUUUGGUCUGGAGCUGUUGCUGCUAUGGUUUCAAGGACGUUUGUGGCUCCUCUUGAGAGGCUAAAGCUGGAGUACAUAGUACGUGGGGAACAGAAGAACUUGUUUGAGCUGAUCAAGACGAUUGCAGAGUCUCAAGGGCUGAGAGGAUUUUGGAAAGGGAAUUUUGUCAAUAUUCUUCGCACAGCACCCUUUAAGGCUAUCAAUUUCUACGCAUAUGAUACGUACAGAAACCAUCUGGUGAAGUUAUCGGGGAAUGAGGAAUCCACGAAUUUUGAGAGGUUUCUUGCUGGUGCUGCGGCUGGAAUUACAGCUACCUUGCUCUGCUUGCCCAUGGACACUAUCAGGACGAAGAUGGUAGCUCCUGGUGGAGAAGCAUUGGGUGGUGUAAUUGGUGUUUUCCGCCACAUGGUCCAGACUGAAGGAUUCUUUUCUCUUUACAAGGGCUUACUACCCUCCAUUGUCAGUAUGGCACCUUCAGGUGCAGUUUUCUAUGGCGUCUAUGAUAUACUAAAAUCAGCUUAUCUGCAUUCACCUGAAGGGAGGGAAAGACUCCGACACAUGAAACAAGAAGGUGACAAACUGAAUGCUCUGGAACAAAUGGAGUUGGGUACCAUUAGAACAUUACUAUAUGGGGCAAUUGCCGGUUGUUGCUCUGAAGCUGCUACAUAUCCUUUUGAAGUUGUGAGGAGACAGCUCCAAAUGCAAGUUCGGGCAAAUAAGUUAAGUGCAGUUGCAACUUGUGCGAAGAUUGUUGAGCAAGGAGGUGUUCCUGCUCUUUAUGCCGGAUUGAUACCCAGCUUGUUACAGGUCUUACCAUCUGCUGCCAUCAGUUAUUUUGUGUAUGAGUUCAUGAAGAUUCUUCUCAAAGUUGAGUCUUCAUAGUACUUUUCAGUCCUCAUCACAGACCAUAGUUUUCCUUUCUUUGUAAGAGUUCCUUAGAAUGUCUUCCAUUUACAAAAUGGGAUGUGGGAGUAAUCCAAAUUCCUGCCAUACCUCAUAUUAACACAGAAACUUCAGUCUUUUGUAUGUGUGUUCCAGUGGUAGUUUUCCUUUC